AUGGUUUUCUCAGAUGAAGAUGCCCACCCUGUUUUAAAGAAGACAAGGCAAAGGAGAAAGCUACGUUCACAUGGGUUUCCCUCCCCAGCGCUCUGCUGUGCUUGCGGUCUUUGUAUCAUGCUGGCAGGCAUUAAUAUCACCCUGGUAGGCGCUCUUGCCUUUCACAAACUCCUCCCUUUCAACAACCCUCCCAUCAUUAUCGGACCUAUCCUCCUGCUGGUGGCCUUUUCAUUUUUUGGGGCGUGUUGCAUCUGUAGUCGACGCCCCAUUGCCCAACCCUCUCGUACGUCUGCAGGACGGGACCACUGGCCGUUGAUGAGGAUGGGCGAAGCUGUGUUUGAGAUGGAAAAUAGUGAGCCCACUAUGCAGGAUACCACAGCCAUUCAACUCAGUCCAACAAACUCUCCAAGCUCCUCCCAUCGCUGCAGCCCCACCCACAUUCCAGUCGCCCCGCCCCAUCCUCUUCAAACCUGCGACUCCCCAAAGGGAACUGAUGUGAAUCUACAAAAUCCCAGUGUUGAUGAAUCAUACUCAUAG